GCUUGUUCCACAGCGGGGAGCACCGCGGCCAAUAUCCUCGCUGGUCUCCGUCAUCCGGCCGGCGGCCAUUGAAAUAGCCCACGGGUGAGAGCUGCUCUGUGACGCUCACUUUUGCCGCCGACUAAACAAGUAUAUCCAUGUAACACUCCCUAGAGUCUGUAUCACCCCGUCUGUACUCCAACGCCCUCUGCCCGAGCUUCACCUGCCAAGAUGGGUCUACUGGAUAUCCACAACCUUCACGUCGCCAACGACGUCGCCCAGGCGCACAUCCUAGACCUCCUCUUCGAGCCCAGCCCGGCCAUCCACGAGACGCUGAUCCCCGUGAUCCGCACCGCCUCGUACGCCUCGUACGCGGAGCUCAUCGACGCCUGCCACAUCGGCCUGCUGUCGCUGGCCGCCGCCGGCGCCACGGGCGCCAUGACGCACCCGGACGCGACCCUGCUCGCCAUCCUGGGCUCCCACCCUCGCCUGGGCGCGCGCAAGGUCGACUCGCAGCAGUCGGCGGCCGAGCAGGCGAACCUGCAGGGCGAGGGCGAGGAGCUGGCCGUGCUGAACCGCGAGUACGAGGACAAGUUUCCCGGCCUGCGCUAUGUCGUCUUCGUCAACGGGCGUGGUCGGCCGGAGAUUAUGGAGGAUAUGAGGGCGAGGAUCGCUAGGGCUGACUACUCCAAGGAAAUCGAUGCGGCGUUGCAGGCAAUGUGUGACAUUGCAAAGGAUCGGGCAGCCAAGCUCGACGCCGAAUAACUGUUGAACCGAGAGUCAGAAUGUCAGCAAGUCUCAGCAAGUCUCACGAGGAAUGGGAAUAAUGUAAUAGUUUGGUAAAUCUUUCC